UUGUGUGUCUGUGUGUGUGUGUGUGUAUGUUUUUGACUGAUUGAGUGAUGUUUGUGUUGAUGACCAUUCAAUUUAUAAAUUAUCCAACGAUAUACAUUCUUUAAUUUUCUUACCAUAAUCAUUAUAUAUAAUAAUCAUGGCCGAAUGGGAUUUGACACCAGUGCUUGCCCAAUACUUGGAUCCUCAUUUUGUUUAUGGUUUGCUGGAAUUUUUGGGAAGUCAAGAUAUUUAUGAUCCAGAGGAAAUAUUCCAACAUAAAGUGAAAAUUUUGUCAAAAAUUCAACUUGUAGAUGCAUUAAUCGCUUUGUAUGAAAAACAUGAACGACCGGUACCAGAAGAAUUAAAUAAUAAACUGGAAGAAUUGACCGAACAACGAAAAAAAUUCAUUGAAGAUUUGAGUGAUGUAUUAGAAAGUUUAGCUAGUUUAAAUGAUUUGGAUGAAAAGCAAUUGCAAGAAAGUAUACAAGAGAUACGUAAAAAAUUCUCCCGAGAAACGAUCGACAAGCUGUAUGAAUUUGCCAAAUAUUCAUUCACUCGUGGCCAAUAUCAGGAAGCAUUGGCGUUCAUUAAAUCAUACCAAUUAUUGAUUGGUACCGAUGAUGCCAAUUAUGAACACACUUUAUGGGGUUCGUUUGUAUCUUCGUUCUUUUCGCAAGAUAUGAAAGAAGCACAGGAUAUAUUCUUAGCUUUGAAAAAUUACAUUGAAAAUGCCAACUUUUCACCGAUUCAAGCCUUGCAGAAUCGUACAUGGCUUAUUCAUUGGGGUUUAUUUAUAUUUUUCAACGUUGAACAUGGCCGUGAUUAUCUGGUCGAUUUAUUUCUGGAUGCUAAGAAUGCUAAACAAUCGCAAAACAAUGCUUAUCUAAACGCGAUACAAACAUCAUGUCCUCACAUUCUUCGUUAUUUGACCGCUGCCGUCAUCACACAUCGGCAACGACGAGUCUACAUGAAAGAAUUGGUUCGUUUGAUACAACAAGAAUCGUACAAUUAUCGUGAUCCAAUCACUGAAUUUGUCGAAUGUUUGUACGUCAAUUUUGAUUUUGAUGGAGCACAACAAAAGCUGCGUGAUUGUGAAAUUGUUUUGCGUAUCGAUUUCUUUCUCACAUCUUGUAUUGAAGAAUUUAUCGAAAAUGCUCGACUAUUUAUUUUUGAAAUUUUCUGUCAAAUCCACGAAUGUAUUUCAAUUGACAUGAUCGCGGAUAAAUUAAACAUGAGCAGUGAUGAUGCUGAACGUUGGAUUGUCAAAUUGAUUCGUGACGCUCAUUUCGAUGCUCGUAUCGAUUCAAAACAUGGUCAUGUUAUUAUGGGCACACAGGCAGUAUCACAAUAUCAUCAAUUGAUUGAAAAAACACAACAGAUGCGCUACCGUACCGAAAUGUUGACUGUAAAUGUCGAAAAGGUUGCUCAUAAAAAACCAAUCGACCGGUCUAUUUGGAAUUAAUUAGUGUGCUUAAUUUUUAUUAUUAUUAAAUACAAAAUUUUUGAAACAAAAUGA